UCCCAGAUAUCAACUAUCAGCAACUUGCCUGUUAUGACGCGUUCAGGGUGAACAUGUGAACCGAAGAGCCCUUCAGGAUCCCUCGGCCCUCUGAGUGCUGACGCAAAACGAUCCUCCUGCAAACAGGAAGCGAUGACAUGACAUCAGCAGGAGCAGGAGGAGGAGGAUCACUGCAGUCAGAGCGUUGGAUGGUGGAGCACAGAGACGCUGUGGACGGCAGCUGAUGGCGCAGAGCUACGGGGAGGUGAACCAGCUCGGAGGGAUGUUCGUUAACGGCCGGCCCCUGCCGGGCCCCGUGCGGCUGCGGAUCGUGGAGCUGGCGCAGCUCGGCAUGCGGCCCUGCGACAUCAGCCGCCAGCUGCGCGUCUCCCACGGCUGCGUGUCCAAGAUCCUGGCGCGCUACAACGACACCGGCUCCAUCCUGCCCGGAGCCAUCGGCGGCAGCAAGCCGCGGGUCACCACCCCGGCAGUGGUCCGGAGCAUCGGGGACUACAAGCAGGGCGACCCAGGCAUGUUCGCCUGGGAGAUCCGGGACCGGCUGCUGUCGGACGGGGUCUGCGACAAGUACAACGUGCCGUCUGUCAGCUCCAUCAGCCGGAUACUCAGGAAUAAAACUCUGUCGCAUCCGUAUGAGGGCAAACCAGCACCGGAUCAGCUGCAGUACGGACACGUGUACCCGGCAUUCUCAUACACCGGGCCCGCAGGGACCCACGCCGGGACCGGACACGUCGGCCUGCCGCGGAGCUGGCACAACAUCCUGGGCAUCCGAGCCUUCGUGGACCCGGCAGCACUGUGUGGAUCUGAAGGACACGCAGCCAAAAUGGAGGAAUGGACCAGGAUGGCCAGUAUGACAAGUAGUAUGACCAGUAGUAUGGCUAGUAAUAUGAGUAGUAGUAUGAGCAGUAUGAGCGGCAGCAGACCGUUUCCCUCUGGAAUCAAUGAAGUGGAGAAAACAAGCAACGAGCUGGAACUCAAAUACCAACAACAGUCAUCGCCCAGUCUGCAUGGUUACGUCUCAGCCUGUGCGUACUCUCCACCGAACCAGUACAGUGUCUAUGGCGGUCCAGCAGCCAACCACAUGAGCACAGGCCCCCACUGGCAGCCCCAGUCCUCCAGUCAUGCUCUCGGUCUCACUCCCAGUCUCACUCCCAGUCUGACUCAGGCCCAUCCCGAUCCUGCAGCAGCACAGGACGCCGCAGAUUUCCAUUCUGCAACUUCUUUCAAACUUCCACAAAGAGACGAGGACAGGAAACCUCAGAGUCCUCUGUACAACCAUCACAGAUUGUCUUCAGCCUCGUGACGACGUCGAGGAAACACAAGAAGAUAUUUCGAUGUGUUUUGAAAGACUAAAGGAGAGUGCGUAGCUGCUGCAGCUAGAGCUCAAGACCUGAAAGAGAAACUCUCCUCUCACUCUGAAAUUGUAUCAUCUGGUAAAAUAUUUUUGGUAAAGCUGUAUGUACAGUAUAUAUAUUUUUUGAUAAAUGUGUUAAAUAAAACGUAUAUUACUGA